GGGAUCUUUCAGUAUCCGCGUGUACGAGGGGUGAAAACACAUUGAGCUCUCGUCCGAGAAAUAUCACUGAACAUGAACAGUCGAUUCUCGUACCUGUAAUAGCGUAUUUUAACACGUGAUAGCGUAUUUCUGCUUUGAAGAAGAUGAGUCCAGGAUUUGGUCACGAUCCUUUACCGUUGUACAACAACACUUCUGUCGGGAACCCCGCACUCUGUUUGUGGCAACAGCCCCAACACAUUUUAUUCCAGUUGGCGAAUUUUUGCUUCGCACUGUCGUACUCGGCGCCGUCCUCGAAAAAGGGGAUUCUGUUCAUGCAUUCGGUGCUAAUUAUAGGUUUCAUGUUGCUGUCAGGAUGGGCUUGGCACGUGAUCUGCGCACCAGAUAUCUUCUCUUGGAACUUUAGUUUUUUAUUGCUCAAUAUCUGUCAAUUAGUAUACAUCGUUUACCAAAUGCGACCAAUCAGAUUUGAUCCCGAAUUAGAAGAAGCUUAUCACACUCUAUUUUAUCCCUUUAAAGUCUCACGGAUACAAUUCAAGCGAUUGGUAUCUCCAGAAUUUGCUACGAUAAUGUCCCUUCAUGCCGGCGAGGCGUACGCGAUGCAGAAUCUAACGAGAACGGACAGAUUGGGCUUGCUGCUCACUGGAAAAGUCAACGUUUUGAGCGAUACCAAUUUUCUGCAUCCGAUACUGCCCUGUGAAUUUCUGGAUUCACCGGAAUUCGAAAGCUCCCGAGCUUCCGUUGACGACAAAUUUAAGGUAUCCAUUGUUGCAGCGAGUUCCUGCAGGUAUUUAUAUUGGCAGCGAACAGCCUUAGAAUAUCUGCUCGUGAAGGAAACUUAUCUUGCAACAGUCUUAACUACGCUGGUGGCAAGAGAUAUCGCAACGAAGUUGUACGCAAUGAAUAAUAAGAUAAUUACGGACAAAGGAUCGCACUUGGACAUUCGUCUUCCAACUAUCAGCGCUGGUUUAGGAAUUAGUGUUAGUAGCGCGAAAUCCAAGGAACGUGCGGUGAACAACUUGACGAAGAAAGGCGUGCCGAGCAUGGAGCCUCUUCCGGAACUGCCGUCCUGCGACGAUCUAGCUUCCAGCGGUGUAGAGAGCUGGCUGGAUUCCUCCAGCAAGUAUCACAGCUGUGAAAUUGUUGACGAGGAAUAGCAUUACGCCAAUUACUCGAAUUACGAUAAUUUAAUGGAUGACGCUGAAGACGGCGAGCACGAUAUACAGGCCUUUGAUUACAAAAACGCGGAGAGUUGGCCGUCAUUCGAAGACUAGCAAUAAAGGAAGAACGCAUAUUCUUUUACUUCCAUCGAUGCAUUUAUAUUUUUGGAUUUUAAUUUGCCAAAACAAAGUUAUAGAGUUUUAAUGUUGAAUUAUUUUGUAAUUAAUUAACUUUUUAAUUUUGCAAGAGAAACAGUUAAAACUCCUAGAGAUUACAUUCCUACUGAUCGCAAUAUUGUAUAUACAGUUAGAUAUGUUAUAGAUUUGUUGCCUAGCAACGAAAUUCGCAACGAAAGCCUCUUUCGAAAAAUAGAUAAUAUAUUGUAUAAUGUAAAUUUAAUGCUAUGUAUGUAUGUACAUAUGUGUAAAUAUUAAACUUGACAACGCUCUUGAAGAAUGAAGAUUCUAGUCUACGAAAAAGAAUAGUGCUUACGAAAGUAUUCUAGUCGAUUUUCAAAAAAAACAAAUGUUAAAUAAAUCUAAUAUUUAUAAGUAAAUGCAUAUAAAUAGGCGCCUAUAAUGUUUUUGUAAAUAUCGAGGUCGAUCGAAAGAUCGAGCUUAUUGUUAGCAAAAAUCUAGAAUUUCUAACAAAAAAUUUUUACUAAAGAUGUAUGAAAAAAUACAUAUUUAAUAACCAAA